AUGGGGAAGGCCGCAAGGGCAGCAGGAGAGACGCCUCUCCGCCGCCGCCCUGGCCUCCUGGAGGAGAUCAUCUUCUCGAAUAUCCUUGUGCGCCUCCCCCCGAAGUCCCUCCUCCGCUGUCGUACCGUCUGCCGUGCAUGGCGCCGCGCCACCUCCAAGCGCCGCUUCCUCCUCGCUCACCACACCCGCCAGCCCGCCCACCCCGUCUUCCUCGCCGGCGAAGAGAUCUUCGGCGUCCACUGCCAUAACAUCCGCGCCUUCGACCACCGGGCCAAUGAUGUCCAGACCGUUGCCCAGCUUGACGAGGCCUUUGAUCUGGAGGCCUCCUGCGACGGCCUCCUCGUCCUCUCCAAGUUCGACUACACUGCUCGCUUUCGCAGCUUCUCCGUCUGCAACCCGGCCACGCGUGAGCAUGCCCCACUCAGGUGUCCACCGUGGGACUUCCACAUCGUGGGGAUGUAUGCCCACCGACCCACGGGCGAGUACAGGCUGAUACUGCAACGGACAAUCGACAUGAAGUUGUCUGAAGGCCAAAUUGGCUGCUAUGUCUUUCUGUUGGGCUCCGACCAGCCACCGAGGUACAUCGGGUGGCCGGAGACAGGGUCGUGGACCUUCGACGUACCUGUCCGAGUGCAUGAUAGCUUGCAUUGGUACUCACAGUUUUAUCUGGGUAAAAGCAACCCACCGCAGCAUCAGAGGAACAACACACCGGUAAUAGUAUUCGACAUCAUAGAUGAGUCGUUCCGGCGGAUGCAUGCUCCAGUUGUUUCCACCCAGGCAACUAUCUUUGACAUGGAUGGCACGCUCGGCAUCUACAGGCGUAACUAUGAGAUGAAACAAAUUGAUGUGGAUCCCUUUAUGAAAGAAAAAUAA